ACACUGGCCAACGCGACGUCGCCUCCUCCAGUGGUGCAGCUCUUCAUCUCCGACUACGUGUACCGGGUGCUCGUGGAGUUCUUCUCCGUCCUCUGCUCCGUGGUCUCCUUCUCCGGUUGCCUCGGCAACGGCAUCGCCGUGAGAACAUUCGUCCUGAUGGGCCUCAAGGACGGCGUGACGGUCUCCUUCCUGUUCCUCACGGCCUCCGACCUCGCCUACCUGCUGGUCCUGUUCGCCCACUCCAUUUCGUUGGGGUUCUUCGCCGUCGAGAGGGGGAGUGAUUUCAAAACGUGGUUUCCGGUCGACCCUUUCGGUGUGUACGUGUUUCUCUCCGACACCGCAAUGAUGCUGUACCUCAUCACAAUUCUGACCACAACGUUCCUGGCCGUUGUUCGAUGCAUGUGCGUCGCGAUGCCCUUGAAGUUCAAAACAUCGUUCAGGAGAGCGACGUCUCUGGUCAUCCUCGCUGCGUUCGUCGUAGUGGCCGUCGGCAGCUACACGCCCGUCCUGGUCUACAUGAAGAUGGUGACCGUGUUCGACGUGAGGGUCAACGCGACGAGAUCCGUGCUGUGGAUUUCCCCGAAGAGGGACGAGGUCAAGGACAUUGUGUGGAUCACGCGAGACGCCUUCGUCACGAUGGCUACUCAGUUCGUCAUCAUUGUGUGUGUGCUCGUCAUGGCGAGAAGUCUCCGCGCCGCUUCCAGGUUCCGCCACGAAUCGGUGAUGCACACUGGUACUAAAACCAAGGCGAAAUCAGUCACGUCCGAACCGAUCUUCUCAACUCAGGGCCAGAGUCAUGCAAGCAACGAACAAGUCUAUAACAAAACUAACGAUCGUUCUAGAAGCGGUUCCAAAACUAAUCCUAACGCGAUGACCCGUAAGGAGUUCGCAGUGGUCCAGCAGGUGGUUCUCAUCUCGGUGGUGUACAUCGUCUGCAACACCCCGAAGAUCACCAUCAACAUGGCCGCCUUGUUCGUCCCCGAUUUCGCCAUCGGCAAGAUUUAUCAGAACGUCUACCUCACCGUCCUGGGGGCCAUGGAGUUAUUCCAGGCGAUAAACUCCGGAAUCAACGUCAUCAUCUACUAUAAAUACAACACUAAAUUUCGCAAAAACUGUAAGCUUUGCGGUAGGUGA